GAGAUUGACACUUUAAAAUUGGGUAUAUUUCUUACCACAGACUGAAAAUAUCGAUCAUACGUAAAAUAGUUUCAAGGUCAGCUGACUCACCUGUCCAUUCGCUUCACAAUUCACUCGUUUUUGUUGUUUUUAGUCUGUGGCAGUAGCGCCUGCCGCCAAGUACUCGGACGGACGAGUGUUUGUUGUUAUUUAUACUGUGCUCACUUGUUUAUUUAUGCAGUAUUAUUAUUAAAUGUGAUUUUAUCGUUGAAAAGAUUUGUGUAAUACCCGCAAGUAGCUUUUAUUUAGUUUAAAACGUAGCGGUUAUUAGGUCUAGAUAGUGUAGUUUGGUGUAAUGUGUAUGACGCAUACCUAAGAAUAUUUUUUCUUAUGUACCGACGAUGACGAUGGCUGUGACACCAAUAACUCUGUCGGGUAAUCUGGGCGAACGGCAUCGGCGCCUCAACACGCUGGUGCGAGAGGCCGGCGUCAGAGGGGCCUCCCUUCAGGAGUUCCAAGCUCUGCCGGAACACUCGCCCGUCGACCGCCUCUUCAAGAUAGACCUCGCUUCACAGCUCGGCUAUGUUGACUACAUCAUACAAAACUUACAAGACGACGACAUGCUGUACGUCAGCAGAGCUCUCAAAUCCAAAUGGCUCGUAGACCAUCAUGACGUCAUAAACCCCAAACACCUGGAGAGUGUGCUCUAUCCGACCAUGAUCAAGCCGGCCGUAAGUAAACUGAAGCAUUGGACUUAUAUCAACCUUCGUGAUCCGUCGAUGUGUCAGGAAUUCUAUCUGUACUAUAAGGAGAACACGUUCGAGUUCGCCAUCAAGUAUCUGCCUCACUGCUGCAAUGAGUUCAUCCUACAAGAAGUUCCCACGAUACUGGCCAAAAUGUCAAGCCAGCACCUAAAGAUACUGAGUGAGAAAUGUCCCAGAGUAGCAGAGAUCUAUUACAAUUCGUUGGCGACGGACGAAGUCGUCCGGCCUCGCUAUCUCGAGAACCAGCAGUCAUACUACAACAGUGUGAAGUGUGUGCUGAAGUCUGACGCCGACGUGUUCCUCAACAUCACGGAGAAGUAUUUCAACAUGAACAGCUUCAGACGGCUGAGCCCGUCGGCGAGCGACUACAUCCUGCGCUGUCACAAGCACAGGUUCACGAACAAGCCCGAGCUGUAUACCGCCUACUUGUUACACGUGCAGACGCUCGCUGACCGGCUCAGUGUCGAGGAAUGCCAGGAGCUGGUGGUCAGGUUGGCGCGGGCGAAGUAUUUGCAGCACUGGUUCGAGUACAAGGCGGUGGAGCCGCUUGUGAAACGCCUCAGUCCCGACAAGAGGGCGGCCUUCAAGAAGCGAGUGUUUGUUGAGAAGGAUGUCGGCGAGAGCGUAACUGAGUGGCCGUACGAGGUGCCUGCGCCCCCGCCACACACUUAUCCGGAAGCACAUGUCUUCGAUGACCAAGACUUUAGGCCACUCUUCGUGGGUGGGGGAAUAGCAUUUCCACUAUCGGCGAGCUAUAGAUGCGAAGCGUUGGGUAUGUCAAUGUUUAAUACGCCAGGAUUAAUAUUGAAAACAGAGUUAGAUAGAUUAUUCGAUGAAUUUCGGUUUGUGGGGUUUAGUCGAGCGCUGCACGAAUUGGGGCGGCGGUUGGGCGCCGCGGGUUCUCCAGAGAGAAGGCGCGAUAUCUUCCUGGUGUUGGUGAGUAAGAGCGGCGGCCGCAGCGAAGCGGUGUCGGCGCUGCUGAGUCUCGCAGCUCGGCACAGUAACGAGCCGGUGCACAUUCGAGCCGCCGUGCUGCGCAGCCUGGUCAAGCGCGCUCAAGUCUGGCGCUUGCCUGCAGAGGUCUGGAUCAAUUUGCUCGAGUUCGGGCAUGGGCUCGGGCUGGACGGCAGUACUGCCGAAGCCGAGUGCAGGGAGGGUUUGCAUGCGGUUGUGAUUCGUCAGCUGCUAGAAGGCAAAUGUGAGCCUGCCAUCACAGCUGCUUUUUUGGAAGAAUUCUCCACAUUAUCAGAAUAUUCGCUUUCCUCAGCUGAGCGUGUGAAAGUGGCCGCUGGACUCCAGAAUUUACUGUCUGCGGCGGCUUUGGUUGCCGAACCAGUCAUAGCUGCCAAGCUCUUGAGUCAAUUGCUCGAUGCACUUAAUACAUAUCGUGUUUGUAUCGUGGCAACAUCACCAGUGGUUGGUGCCAUCGUUUCUCUAGCGUCGCGGGAUGCCGAAGUCACUCGACCCUUGCUCCAGCGACUUUAUGAGGCGAGGGUUGCUCGCCGUGAGCUGCUGCGGUUGAACUUAGAAUUUCGGCGCGACCAAGCAUCACUGAUGAACGUACUGCGACAUGACUUACUUGCACUGGACUACAAACAGUUCAGCGAAAUAAUCGCCACAAGUAACACCAACUUUGAUAGUUUUAUUUCCAAGCUCGCAAUAUAUUUCCAAAAUGAUAACUUUGUAACCCAGCUUCGAACAGACUUAAAGGAGAAAUAUUUUGACACUGAAGACCGUAAAAUUAAGCAUGCGAAGUUGGCUCGUCGACUAGCAAGUCUUUCUGGUCGUGAUUUGGAGCAGUAUGUUCAAGAGCUGGAUUCCAAAAGAACAGAAGUGCGAAGGUGGUCAGCUAUGCUGCGGGCGAACGCCCACCGCGCGCGACCCGCUGUGGCCGUAGCUGAGUGGGGCUGGCGCAGGGCGGGCGUGAAGGCCGUAGCGACGCGCGCCAUGCGCGGCCGACAAGCGGAGCGAGCCGACCUCACCCGAGCACUGGCCGCUCACCGCCGCACGCUGCGAGUGGCGCUAGCUCUGAGCAUGCUCUCUGGACUCGACGAACAAGUGGACACCUUCACACUGGCCACCAAGCUGAGGCCGGCCGCAGCGCUGCGCGCCCUGUUGUUGUACUUUCGUCGUUUCGGUGACAAGAGCGAGGUCUGUAUAUGGAACAUCGUUAAACCGGUAAUGUUGUCUAUUGACUUGUCCAAGCGAGAUAAUCUCCGCCGGCUGGUCAAAGAAGUCAAAGUGGUUCCGCAAAGCAUAAAACCUGACUACUGCGUGACACUAUACAUCGUUCUUCUUAAAACAAAAAUAAAGCAUUUCUACUCGAACGUUGAUGAUAUUCUUUGUGACGUGUCUAAACAUCUACCCGAAGUAGAAAACUCUCUGGAACCUGUUCUUCUUAAGAUGCUAGAGAUGGCGGAUGCUGUGCAGCCUGUUUCAUGUCCUUCUAUUUUCGUGAGAUAUUUUAUGUUAUCGAAAAGUGAUGAAGAUCUUGAAGGUCGAUUUGAGAAGUUGGGAGAGCCGUUAUUGACCCAUUUGGAUGUCGUGCGCGAGAAAAAUGAUUGGAUGUUCAGGAAACUAAUUUCGGAAACAAUGAGGAGUUUAAUGUAUAAUGCGGCGUUUUUCAAUACGAAGUGCACGUCUUGUUUGUUGGUUAUCGAGAAAUUCCUGGCUUGGAUGGAGACGUUCAUGCCGAAAGAAGAAUAUUUCAAUAACUACGCACAAGUUCACCUGACGAUGCUGUACUGCAAGGCGGUGCGGCAGAGCCUGAAGCAGCUGCCGGCGGUGUUCGCGGAGCCCCGCAGGAGGCUGGAGGAGGGCGUGGACGCCGUGGGCUUUGUGUUCGGGAGGUACAUAGCGCGGGAGCUGGCGCAGCUGGUCGCCUCGUACUUCGACUCCGUCGUGGAGCUGUAUAGCGGCGCGCUUGUGAGUUUCUUGGUGAACACUCUAGUGUCCGGUAGUUCUAGAGCCAAGUUUGUUGUAUCUGUCCUCAAGGGAAUUUUGGCUGAAGGCGUGGGCACUCAGCGACGCCUCGCUGUGUACAUCUAUAAGCACUGUCAGCAUGAAAUGAAAGAACCUUUGCAGAAAGAGAUCAAGGAAUUAUUGUACAAGGUUGAGGAUAUACAGGUUCUAGUGCGCGCUGAGACGACUGGUGUUCGCUUUUAUUAAUCUUUUCGAAUUAUCUUCACCCAGAAUUUUAAUCACUUGUCUAUGUUAAAAUAUGAAAUAUAUAAGCAGUGUUAAGCAGCUUUAGCUUCUAAUUUCUAAGUUUUGAGUGUCCGCCACAACCAACUACCUCGCUAUCACUGCAUUUGUUAUAAAUAAUGUAAAAAUAUUUAAUACCAAUUAUUGUUACGAUAUUUGAUCAAACAGGAACAAGGAAACUUUAAAUUAUAGUUCUAAACUAAAAUUAGAAAUGACGGUAAAGUUCAAUGCCCACUGAAAAAGUAGCGGCCGACAGUGUCUCCACAUAACAAAUUAUUUUGAAUCUUAUUUGCAUGAAUAAAAAUGUCGUGACAUUUUAAGGCUAGUGCAGCCUCACUGCGUUGGUUGCGAAGCGAUACAUGCCCCUACUAAAAAGAAGUCUAUCACCUCCAUAUCACUCUCAAUGUUGAUCAGUCAAGCUGUAUACGCGUGAAGAGGUAACAAACAGACACCCACACCCACGUCCUUACGUGUGAUAAAAAUGCUACCGGCACUUCUGUAAGUGGGAUUUGACCCUUAAAUCGUACAAUGUGAUGUUAGAACUUAGUUCCAAGAAAGUAACUAUUAAUGUUGUUGUUUCUAUCACAAAUAAAACUAAUUAUAUUUA